AUUCGCCGCGAAAUCACAAACACAGCCGGACGCGUCGCCAAACGGCGCUUGUAAAUAUUUUUGUUAAUUGUACAUUUGAAUCGCGGAAAAUGCAAUAGCCAGUGCAAACAACAGCCGUUAACUGCUGUCGCAGCGCAGUAAUAAGAGCAAAGCCCUUAACAGUAAAAAACUCCCAACGCAUGUUACGCACAAUAGUUGGUCCUAAGAACUAGGGGAUUUUGAACAUGAACAAAAAUGCCGGCGAUGGCAGCGAUGGCAAAAACUCAAACAAAAACUCGAAUGCGGGAGGGGGUGGUGGAGCCGGGGGGCCACACGACCCCACCGGCCUUUUAGAUGCAGCUUCCCUGUUCGCUUACUGGGGACGUGAUCCAACUGGAGCGGCGGCUGCAGCGGCUUCCAAUCCGCUCUUCAACUCGCAGUUCAAUGCCGCCGCUGCUGCCGGAUUGGGUUUAUUGCCACAAGCUGGAGGCGCCUCUGCCAAUGACCGUUAUUCCAUGGCAGCAGCAGCGGCGGCUGCGGCGGGAGCCCAUCACCACCAGAACACGAUGGCAGUGGCCGCUUCCCAGGCCGCCAGUUUGGCCGGUUUGCAUCCAGCAAGCUGGUGGUCAAUGGCCCAGUUAGCUGCCCAGGAUUACUUCAGUCGCCUGCAAGCCUCGGGUCUUUCCCCCUUUCCACAUCCCGAUCUGGCGGCUGCCUUUGGACCAGCUGGGAUGGGAAUGGGCGGCGGUGCUGGUGGAGCGGGUGCUGGAGGUGGUGGAGCAGGUGUACUCGGCCAGGGCGGCGGUGGAAAUGGCGGAAGUGGCAACGGUGGUGGUGGAUCCUCAUCGGGUUCUUCCGGCAGCAAGUCAAACAAGUCGCGCAAGGAGAAGCGAGCCGCCCAGCAGCAACAACAGCAACAGCAAAAUCUGGCCAACAGUCUAAAUGCGGCAGCUGCGGCGGCAGCAGCAGCAGCAGCCAAUAAUCCAGCAGCCGCGCUGGCCAGCAUGCAUGGUUUUGGUGUAGGAGUUCCGGGCACGAGCAUUCCGUCGGUGAGCACAGGUAGCGGAUCAAUAUCCACAAAUAGUGGAGGUCAUGGAAGUUACAAGAGCACGGCCAGCGCUUAUGGUAAGCCCUCGACUAUGACGAGCAGCAGCAUGGCUAAUAAUCCGGGCUCUGCCUACGAUCCGGUGACCCUGCACAAGGAGCUGCUGGCCAUGCAGGCCGUGGCAGCCGCUGCUUCCGGCUCAGGAUCAAGCGGUUCCUCAGGCAAGAAGUCCGGUGGGGGUGGCUCCUCAUCCUCCUCGAUGCACAGCCUUGGAAUGGGAAUUGGUGGCAGCGGUGGCAUGAUGUCCAGUGGCAAAGCUUCGACCAGUGUGAGCGCAAGCAAUUCAUCAUUGGGAGGAAUGCACCCCAGUUUGACUAGCAGCAAUCCGCUGAUGUCGCCCCAUGCGGGCAUGGGCUCCUCGUCGUCAUCAUCGAGCAAGGAUCGUGACAAAAACAAUCCCUCGCUCAACGCUCUUAACUCGCUCUCACAGUUUGGAGCCCUGGGAAUGACGCCACAGCAGAGCAUGCAGGCGGCAAUGAAUGCUUUUGCAGCCAGCACAGGAGUUUCGCCAUCCGCCACGGUAACGUCCUCGCCGCACCACUCUUCCCAGCAGCAACAGCAAAUGGGAGGGAACAGUUCCACGUCGGGAUCGGGCAAGUCCAGUUCCAAGGAUUACAUGAUGGGUACUGGAAGUGAGCACCCAUCUCUGCUUGGAGUUCGUUUACCACCGGACACGGAGAUAAUCAAGUACACGUCCUCGAUUGUGGGACCCAAGAUUCCUGGUCUCAGUCCCGCGAAGCGGGCUAGACUCGAAAUGGAGUACGCGGCGAUGGCUGCGGCCGCUCAACAGCAGCAUCAGCAGGCACAGCAGCAACACCAGGCGCAGCAGCAACUCCACGGGAUGCUCGGAGCAGCCGGUAUCCCGGGAAUGGCUGGACUGGUCGGUCUGCCUGGCAUGAGUGGCAAUCCCCUCGAUCAGUUGAGUGUAAGCAAGGCCAGUUCUUCAACGGCGCCCACAACCAGUACCAGUUCCUCCUCAGCAGGGAGCAACCUGCUCAACCAGAGCAAUAGUGAUCGCGUGGAGGUAAUCAAACUGCCACCAACAAUUACUUCAAACGGAGCCUAUAAUCUCUCAAGUAAGGGAAAAGAGGUGCACGACCUCACCACCGACAUGGCCACCAACUCUGGCGGUGUGAAUCUCAGCCUAAAGUCCAAUGCUGGCUCCAGCGCCUUGACGCCCAGCGGUGCCGUCGGAUCGGCCAGCAAUCCCAUUACCAUCGAUGACUUUGACGCACCACUUAAUCUUUCCAUGAAGCCCUCGGAUAAGAGCAAUAGUAGCUCGUCAAAUGCAGCAGCAGGGGGCUCCUCCUCUUCCAGCGCAGCGUUGGCUAACUUGGCGAGCGAUUAUCAGGCAGCGUCCAGUGGGCAAAGCGGUAAUAGUCUGCAGAGUUUGAGCUCUAUUACAGCUGCUUUGGGUGGAACAGGAGGUAUGCCUGGUGGUUCCAUUUCCGGCAGCGGAGGAACCUCUCCAGCUCCAGCUGGUGCCGGAUCAGGAGCCACGGGUGGUGGUUCGGGAUCUGGUGGAUCCGGCGGUGGAUCGUCCUCUUACAAAGAGGGAAGACCUCGUAACCUGGGACGCGGCGUAUCCAAGCCCAAGAAGAACACGGUAGCUUCGCUGUUGGCUCAAUCCCGAGCUGUGGGCCUUAAACCUAUGCUGGCCACGCAACAACUUCUUCAACAGGGUGCUGAUAUUGAGAAAAUCCGCCUGGCACUGAGCGAAGCGAAUGCCCAUAUGGAAACUUCUACAGAUUCCGAAAGCGUGGCAGCCGAAAGUGGUCUUUCGGAGUCUGAGAGUGAGGAUGCCAACAUUCUGAAUGUAGCGGAGCUAAGGGUGCCACUUGAAUUGGGCUGGAAACGGGAGACGGUGAUUCGUGGACUGACUAAGCAAGGGCAGAUCCGUGGAGAGGUCACAUAUUAUGCACCAGGAAGCACGACGCCGCUAAAGAGCAACGGACAGGUUUUUGCUAUCCUGGAGCAGCAGCCAUCGAAUCUAAGUCGUGAAAACUUUAGUUUUUCCGCGCGAGCCAUUGUUGGUUCAUUCCUGCAGCCUGCACCACCGCCGUACGCCAAUGAUGGCGAGUACAUACGGAUGACGGACGAGGACGUGGCCAAGCGGUUAGAGGAUCUGAAGGUCUUCACCCGCCAGACUCUUAACGUGGAACAGCGAAUUGAGAUCGCCAAGCAACAGCAGGCGAUGCGUGAUGCUAAGAAGCUGCAAAAGGAAGAAUUGGCCAGAAAUAAGGAGAAGGCGCGACAGGAGAAGAACUCCAAGUUGGAGCAGCAGCGCAAGGACAAGGAGCUCAAGAAUCAGCAGGCUGUUGAGGAGCGCAAAAAGCGUCAGGAGGAGCUAGAUCGCCUUAAGCAAGAGGAAUUGCUUAAGAAGCAACAGGAACUACAGAAACAAAAAGAGAUGCUGUUGGCUGCCGAAAUGGAACGAGAACGUCGCCGCCAACACAUGAGCCUCAUUCGAAUGUUGGAGCUUCGUCGGAAAUUCGAGGAUCGUGAAAAGAAGAAACACCAGCUGGUUCUAGACCGUUUGCUUCUGCGUGAGCGUCGUAUGGCGGAGCGAAAACGAGAUGCGGAGAUUCUGCAGUUGAUAAGGCGUCCCAAUGAGGACUCCGAAAUGCCACAAGAAUUGGUAAUCCCUGAACUGGAUAGGAUUGCCGGCAACCGACUUCCCGGCCAGGCAAUGGCCGAUUUGCUCAUGGUCUUUGAAUUCCUACAUAACUUUGGGGAGACUCUAGGCUUUGACAUGGAAUCACUGCCGUCGCUUCAGAACCUGCACGAUGCUUUAAUGAGCGAUAGCAACGCGGAUGCGGAAGAGGAGUUGUUGUCGGUGAUGACGCAUCUAUUGGUUUGUGCCAUUGAGGAUCCAGGUGUUCCCAAUCCCGGCAGACACACCACUUUACUGGGACAAUCGCUACGCAAUGCGGACAUCACCAACUCGAAUGUAUCCGAAAUCUUGAGGAUUUAUCUGUAUGCUACGGCCACAGGUGAAGUGCGUCAAAUGCACGGAAUCACUGUGGAUCGUGAGCGAGAGAGAAGGGUGCCGGAUCAUCAUCAACUAGAUAGCGAUACCACAACCCACUCACAUUCGGUAAAGAACCAGGAGUACUAUAAGCUUCUCCAUGAAAACGACACCUGGAAGUUGUCGCAAUCGCUGAAAGAUCGCCCCUUCGUUGCGUUAAAUCCCACCCGUAAAGCCCAAAUGUUGGCCCAUCUAUGCAACGACCUGCUCAUGAACAAGGCCGUGCUCCGCCAGAUUGAUGGAAGUCUAGAAACGUGCGCCCAGAUGCGAAAGGAGAAAUACAUGACGGACAUGAAGGUGCGCAAGUACAAGGCUCUCCACAUGCGCAAGGCUCGAAUUGAGGCCUAUGAACGAGCACAGGCGGAGCGUGAGGCGGCUAUGCAGGCGUUGAUGGCACAGCAGAAGCUGGAUGCAGAACGUCUUAAGGCGGAGGAGGAAGCCAAGGCCGCGGCGGCAGAGGAAGCAGCAGCUGCAGCGGGCACAGAUGGAGAGGCAACCAAAGGUGGCUCACCCAAUGGCGAGAAGCCGGAAGACGGCGAUCAGAAUGAAGAGGGAGCCGCCAAGGAACCCCAGCAGCAGCAACAGCAGCCAAUGGAAGUGGAUGGCGUGGUCGAUGAGGCAUCUCUUGUAAGUCCGGCCAAAACCAUCAUUCAAACGGACAAUAGUCUGACGCCCAGUAAACAGGACAUGCCCACACCCACCUACCAAAUUAAUGGAUCCAGCACACCUACCACAAGUGGUGUCACUGGAGGCGACAUGAAUGUUCUGCUGCAGGCCAAGAAAAGCGGGGCCCGAAACUCCAUCAACGAUGAACACCACCAUGAUGUUAGUAUUAUCGACGAUGAUCUUUCCGACUUGGAUUCGGAGAUCACGAAUGUCGAGGAGGACGAGGACAAUCGCUUGAGUGCCGAUGAGUUGCAAAAGAAGCUCGACAAGAUUGUCAGAGCUUCCCUAAACUGCAAGGAGGCACUGGAGAAGAGCACAAAUCAGUUGAGAGCUGCGUGCUUUGGGCAGGAUCGCUUCUGGCGUCGCUACUGGAAGUUGCCCAAGGCUGGAGGUAUUUUCAUUGAAGCACUUGAGUCGGCCCAAAAUGAUAUUUGCGAUUAUCAUGAGGCAUUGGAGGCCAUGGAUGACAAAAAGGAUGCAAACGACGAGAAAGAGAACUCCGAAAAUGAGAAGGAUGUUGCAGCGGAGUCCAGUGAGCAGCCAAUGGAAGUGGAUGAGUCCAUUACAAAACUGGAAGAUGGUGUACCAGCUUCGGACGUCGGGAUGCCUGAAAGUAAUCAACAGAACGCACAUCAAGAUGAGGAAGAUGACGAUGAUGAUGUGACAGAAAUCAACAAGGUGGAACCGGAAAUUGUUGAUUUGGGUGAUGAUGACGAUGAUGCAGCUCCCCCGCUGCCCAAGAUAGAACCUCCCAGGCCAGAGAUUAAAGUUAAAUCAGAGAUGGAGCUGAUGGGUCCACCACCCACGACUAUGAUAUCCACUAAGACAGACUUUGAAGCUGAAAUUAAAAUACCCUCUAUGCCUGGCAUCUUGAUGCCGCCUACCCUCAACAACAACAACACCAAUAAUAACAAUAACAACAAUGGAAGCGACAACUGUGAUAAGUUGGAAACUGGUUUGGGACUAGGACAGCAGCAGCAGAACUUUAGCCAGUCUGUGAUCAAGACGGAGGAUGUGAAAAAAGAGGAUGAUUGCAUAAUAGUUUCUACAUCCAGUGUUGACGAUACACCAAAGUGGUUCUCCAUUGUCCGGCGGGAGGUUCCAUUGAUCAGCGAACUGCCAGCGGAGGAGGGAGGCGUGGUGGGCCAGGAACUUCAGAUCAGCUAUGCAAAUCAGAACUGCUCCGCUCAGCUGCAGCUGCAAGGUCAUCCGUGGGAUCUGAUCAACAACAUGCAGUACUACUCGAUUCCGAUGGACGAAUGCAAGGUGGACACCAGCAAGCUGGGCAACGAGUGCAUCUUCUCGCUGAGUGGCCUCGAUGAAAAGCAAAUGCUAGCCAAGGUGGAGGAGUACAAGGCCCACAAGGUGGAGUCAAAAAACGGUCUGGGCUCUCCUCAUCGCCACCACGAGACUAAAGAUGAUGAGGAGCAGGCCAAGCUGAAGUUGGACAAGGAGAUUGACACCGAAAUGGAAACAGAUGCAGAUGACCUAGCUGGCAAGGAAAAGUUUUUUCGCUUGCGCUCUGAUGUACCCCCGGAUACGGGAGGAGGGGUCAGCGAGGGAACCGAUGUAAAGCCCAAGAUUGAGCUUCGUUUGGAUGAGGCGUUGUCACAGGCAUAUUACCACAACAUAGCCAACAUGUCAUUGAGCAGUGUUCAAACGUAUAUACCCAUCGAUAUCCCUCUGCCGCUUUCCAUGACCCCCGAUGAGCAUCGUCUGCUGGAGCAGGUCAAGCUGGCAGGUUUUCCGGAACGAGUUCACGGAGUUUACGUGCCCCGCAGACAGCGCUACGGCUGGUGGCAGUUGGACGAUGAACAGAAGCUGCGCCAGCUGCUCAAAACUCUCAAUCCGUCGGGAUUGAGGGAGCGUGAACUGCAGGAGAAUCUUCAACGAUUCCUCGGACUGGAACAGCCAUUGGGUGUGAAUUAUAAGCUGAAAUCGGACAUCGAUUUUCCAGAGGAAUUCCUAAUGCCUGACAAGAAGGGCGAUUGGAAUCCCAAGGUGGCCAAACGUGUGGAGCUUGCCCUUAUCGAACAACUAGAAUCACUGGAGGACAAGGUGGCCAGCGCUUCUAUGCAAUUAAAGAACUGGCAAUUGCCCAACCGCGUGGAGAGUGAACUCACCUUGGACUCGCAGGAGGAUGUCACCGAAGAGGACUUCGUCAGCAUCAUACCCAUGAUCCGAGAGAGAAUCAUCGACUUGGAGGCAAAUAUCGAAAGACGUUACUUGAAGCCGCCUUUGGGCUCGCAGACAGGCGAUGCCCAUUUGGCGGUUAUUGCUCAGAACCAGCAUACCACCACCCAGACGCAGAACUCUGCAUCGGCAGCAGCAUAUCUCCUGCAGAUGCAACAGCAGCAGCAGCAACAGCAGUUGGCCCAGCAGCAGCAGCAACAGCAACAGGGUUCGGGUGCGGGAAAUAGCCUGAAUCCCUCAUCCUUCAACGAGCGUACUAUGGCAUUGGCGGCGGCAGCAGCUGCUUCGGGGCCAGGAAACGCAACCGGAGUAGCCAACUCGGCAGUCGUGGCAGGAGCCACGCCCUGCGAAUCGGGCAGCGGAGAACCGAAUUCCGGCAACGCGUCACCGGCCAGCAACUGUGACAGCGAUCGGGACGAGAAGGUGGAGCAGAUACCCAAGGGAUUGGUGCAGUGGCGGGACGCAGUAUCCCGAUCGCACACCACCGCCCAGCUGGCGAUGGCCCUGUACGUUCUGGAAUCCUGCGUGGCUUGGGACAAGAGCAUUAUGAAAGCGUAUGCAACAAAAAACAAGUCCAGCAAAAAGAAGAGCAGCGCCAAAAAGCAGGCAACUCCCUCGAAGAAACAGCAGCAGAAGAAAAACAAAAAGGAGCAGCAGUUGACCCCCAAUGGAAAAGAGAGCAAGAGCAAGAGCGCAAUCAAUAAGCCAGAAAACCAGGCUCCGCUGAGCAUCAAAAUCAACCUUAAGGCUCUGGCCCAAAACGGGCAGUGUUUGCUGAAAACUAAAACACCACCAAUCCUAACCAAAUCCCCAACCGCAUCCCCAUCCUCCCAUCCAAACACUAGCGACUCCGACUCGGACUUUGGCAAACGGACGAAGAAGAAGAGCGGCGGCAAACGCAGACGCUCGGCCAACAAUACAAACUCUAGCAAAUAUUCCAAUUCCUUACAGAAUUGCCAGUUCUGCACGUCCGGCGAAAACGAGGACAAGUUGCUACUGUGCGACGGCUGUGACAAGGGCUAUCACACCUAUUGCUUCAAGCCCAAGAUGGACAACAUUCCCGAUGGCGAUUGGUACUGCUACGAGUGCGUGAACAAGGCCACCAAUGAGCGCAAGUGCAUCGUUUGCGGCGGUCAUCGUCCGUCGCCCGUGGGGAAGAUGAUCUACUGUGACUUGUGUCCUCGUGCCUACCACGCCGAUUGCUAUAUACCGCCGCUGCUAAAGGUACCGCGUGGCAAGUGGUACUGCCACGGUUGCAUCUCCCGGGCGCCUCCGCCGAAGAAAAGAAGUGCAGGUGGAACAUCCGGCAGCAGCAGCAAAUCUAGGAGGGACAGGGAUAGGGAGUCGGGCGGAUCGGCCAAGCGGCGUAGCGACAACAGCAAGACACCAGCCAUGGAGCACAUGCAGCAGCAGCAGAUGCCACUGGCAGGCGGGGAUUCCCACCAUCAUCAUCAUCAGCAGCCGCCGUCGCUGAACUCCUCGCACGAUGAGUCGAUGAAUUCUCUGCCGGCGGCUCCUCUGAGUCCGGCGCACUCGGUGGUCUCGGCCACGAACUACGAUGACCAGCACCAUGCCAACAACUCGGUCGAUGGCAGCAGUCGCUUCCACGCGCAUCUCAUUCCCCCGUCAAAUAAUGGCACUGCGGCUCUGCUGGAAGAUGUGCCGGGUGGCGCCAAUGUGAUGCCCGGCGUCUAUCCAGUUUAUACGCCAGUUGCGGCUGGCAACUUCUCAGCCGGAUUGAUUAACCAAGCGCCGGUGCAGCCAGCGAUGCCGUUUGCCAACGUGGUCGCCAUGUCGCCACGGGCUGUCACGCCCACCCGCACCCGAACGCCCACACCGACGCCAGCACCCACUCCGCCACCACCACCGCCGACACCGCUGCUAAUGCAGGCCUCGCCCACAGCCACCGCCCUCCAUGUAAACGCCUGCCAGUCACCGCCCCAACAACAGCAUGCGCAGCUGAUGACCAUGCCCUCGCCACCAGCCAUUGGAGUCGGAACGGCCACUAACCAAAUGUCGCCACCGCCCAUCAACAUACAUGCCAUUCAGGAAGCCAAGGAGAAGCUGAAGCAGGAGAAGAAGGAGAAGCACGCCACCAAGAAGCUCAUGAAGGAGCUGGCUGUCUGCAAGACGCUAUUGGGGGAAAUGGAGCUUCAUGAGGACUCGUGGCCAUUUCUUUUGCCAGUAAACACCAAGCAGUUUCCCACAUAUCGAAAAAUAAUCAAAACUCCCAUGGACUUGUCCACAAUCAAAAAGAAAUUGCAAGAUUUGAGCUACAAAACCCGUGAGGACUUCUGCGUGGACGUGCGUCAGAUCUUCGAUAAUUGCGAGAUGUUUAACGAGGACGAUUCGCCCGUUGGCAAGGCAGGCCACGGCAUGCGCAAGUUCUUCGAGUCCCGCUGGGGUGAACUGACUGACAAGCACUCCUGAUCCUGCACCACUAGCCAGCCACAGAUCCAGAUGGCUACCAGCACCAGCAGCACGAUCACCAUUGGCACCACCGUCACACCGAACAACAUGGCCGUCACAGCAACGCAUCCCAUUGAAAUGGUCACCCUGGUCGCGGCAACGCAGGAGGAUGAGGAGGCAGCCGUGGAGACGACAACAGCAUUAACUGAAGCAGCACAAUUUUGGUCAAGAGAUUAGUUUAGAUUAAGCAGAGAUUGUACAUAAAUGGGAGGAAUGAGGAGAGGGUCGAGAAGCACAGCAUACACAUUAAUAUAUAUAUAUAUAUAUUUAUAUAUAGUAGAUAUAUAAACACACACGCGAGAGUAUUCAACGUCCUACGUCGGUAAAGACCUUGGAAAGGGGUAGCUUUGAUUAAAUUAAAUCACCAGCCAAGGCGAACAACAGCGCAAGUAUGCAAGUGAAAAAGUGUAUUCAGAUUUUAAGUAUCCAAGGCGGCAGCGGCAGCAGCAGUAUAUAAACAAUAACUAUUAGCCGACAUAAACUAGCAGUUAGAAAUCGUAUCGCAUAAGAAGCCAUCUACAGUAGACGCCCGGACUGGAUGAACGCUGACAAAUGACAAAUGAACACGUACAAAAACUGUCUACCAAUUUCCGAUCCGAUCGAUCGAUCCAUCGUUUGAACAGUAUUUUGUGCACAAAGCCGCGUCGCUUUAUUUUCUACACUUACAAUUCGAACCCUAAUUUUAACAACUAUUUUUUAAGCACCAACGAAGCGCUCAUUUAAGUUUUAAAGUGUAUUUUGUACUUAUAGCAACUCCGAAAUCUGUAUUUAAACGUAUUAUAACAAGUGCUAACAGUUGCCCAGGCAAAAAUGCGAACAAUUAUACUCAAAAAGGCGGUGCGAGGAGGACUUGUAAAUGUAAAUGAAAGCAAAUUAAAAUUAAAUGUAUUAAAUUAUUUAUUCUGUGUAAAUUUUCCACACUGUAGUUGGUACUUUGAAUCGUAACUUUGGCAAAUCGCAAAUACAACUCGAAAUCAAAUCAAAUCGAAACUGAGAAUAAACUUAAAUUAAAUUAUCGAGAAAAGAUAGAAGCAGCCGAAGGAAGGAAGAAAGAAGGCAGUGCAGUGAGGCAAGGUGGACAUAUCCUAGCGGGAUCUAAGCGCAACUCCAGGACAGUAUUAGAGGCAGUGGAAUCCGGAUCCGGAUCCGGCAAGCAAGGCAUCUGACAUUUUAGCUGUACAUAUAUAGGAAGUAGCCCGCACACAAAAUUCAAGCCGAUGCAAGCAAUACAGAUUAGCCUAUAUAGACGGUGAAAUUGUUUGGGGUGGGAGACUUACAAAUGUUACAUAUAAAUUACUAUAUACACAGAAUACGAAUUAGCAAAGCAAUGAUAUUUACACGAACUACAUUUUUGAAUAAAUCGAAACUCAUUUGCAGUGCAGCACAAUAAUUGAAUGAAAUUGAAACUGAAACAGAAACUGAAAAAGAAAUCGCAAACGAAACAGAAACCUAGAGCGAAGAAUGAUUUUAGAGCGUGUUAAUAUCUUUUGCAACAAGACGAUAAUAGUUUAGAACACCAGACCAGAACUACCUACCUACAACCCACAGAUAGCAGCCAAUCACCACCAGCCAGUUGAACACAGAAUGUAUUUUUUUUAGCGCAGCCAUUAUAGUUUGUAAAGAUAUUCAAUGCAUUCAGGUGAUUAUUUGAACUCGUGUGUUUAGCAGAAUGUGAGAGAGAUGCAUUCGCAAUGAGUUGCUUGUGUAAAUAGGAAGCGAAAGCCCCCUGAACCCAUGCAUGUACAUUGUAUAUAGAGGAUAACGAUACGCAUUAUAUGGCAUAAGCCCCAAGUUCAGUACCCCAAGACGCAUUAUCCAUCUGCUACGAGCAUGUUAUUGGCAUUCAUACAGUUGUGUCACUUCACUAUAAUCGAUUCGCAAUAAUUGAGAAAAGCAGUCGGCAAACAGCAUUUGCCGGUCGCGUUUGCAACUGGCGGUAUAUCUAAAUUGCAUGGGGAGGAUUCUGGAAGGUCCGCGCCAUAACAAUAACUGCAUACAUAAUGGAAUCUUGAUUUGUAUUUAUGUGUGUUCGUGGUGAUACAACAGAUAGAAAUAUAUAUAUAUAUAAAUAUAUAUAUUUUAAAAUUAUAUGUACCCAACCUACGCAUAUGUGAAUGUAACUUACUCAUUAACAAAUAUUAAACGAUGGAUAUACUCGAUAACCAAGCAUCCAUAUUAUGAUAUGAUAUGCUAAACAAAACAAUACUGAAAAUUACAAAAAAAAAAAAAUCAUAAAUUUUGGUGGGGCAUUUUCGACAUUUGUGCACAAGGAAAAUACAAGUAAAUCAUAUAAAACAUAAAAC